AUGUUUAUAACACACAGCCCCAGUGAGGGGAGGACGAGAGCGAGCGAGAGGGGAAGGGGGCGGAUGCGGGCUCUGUGGCCGGGUUGGCGCUGCUGGGGCUGUGAGCGGAGGAAGAUGAAGCUGCUGGCGGCCGCGGCCUUGCUGGGCCUGGGCGGCUCUCUGCUGCUGCUGCUCUUCCUGGCUACUCACGCGGAGGAGCGCAAGAAGGGGCCCAAGGUCACGGCCAAGGUGCAUUUUGAUCUGCGGAUCGGGGAUGAAGAUGUGGGCCGAGUGGUCAUCGGCCUUUUUGGAAAGACAGUUCCGAAGACGGUUGAGAAUUUUGUCGCCUUGUCCACAGGAGAGAAAGGGUUUGGCUGUUUUAGUUUCUUCUUUGAUGUCUGUUUUAGUUUCUUCUUUGUUUUUCUUUUUUGCUGUAUUGUUGUAUUGCUUUUAUAUGUUUUUUUAUUUUUUUCCCUCUCUUUCUUAUUGUUGUUUUUUUCCUGUAAUUUUUAAACUUUUAAUAAAUAUCAUUUAAAAAAAAGAAAAAGAGAAAGGGUUUGGCUACAAAGGCAGCAAGUUUCACCGUGUGAUCAAGGACUUCAUGAUCCAGGGAGGAGACUUCACCCGGGAGAUGGAACAGGAGGUAAAGCAUCUACGGGGACCGUUUCCCCGACGAGAACUUCAAGGUGAAGCACUAUGGGCCUGGCUGGGUGAGCAUGGCCAACGCCGGCAAGGACACCAACAGCUCUCAGUUCUUCAUCACCACCGUCAAGACGUCAUGGCUGGAUGGCAAGCAUGUUGUCUUCGGCAAAGUCCUGGAAGGGAUGGAUGUAGUGAGAAAAGUGGAGAACACAAAGACCGAUAGUCGGGAAAAGCCUCUCAAAGACAUCACCAUUGCCAACUGCAACGUCAUCGAG